GAGCGGGGCAGGGCCGGCCGGCCCCGCGGGCAGCAUGGACCAGAGCGUGGUGGAGCACCCGGUGACCCUCAUCAUCAAGGCCCCCAACCAGAAAUACACCGACCAGACCAUCAGCUGCUUUCUGGAGUGGACUGUGGGCAAGCUGAAGUCCCACCUCUCCAAGGUGUACCCCAGUAAGCCGUCUACAAAGGAUCAGAGACUGGUGUAUUCUGGCAGACUGCUUCCUGAUCAUCUGCAGCUAAAAGAUGUUCUCAGAAAACAAGAUGAAUAUCAUAUGGUUCACCUGGUAUGUACAUCUCGGACACCCCCAAGCUCUCCAAAACCCAGCACCAGUAGAGAAGGUCAAGGAGCGUCAACCUCCAGCAGUAGCUCAAACUUAGACCGUUCUGGAUCAACUGCUGCCUCACCCACAAACCAAGAAGCUUCUUCUACGUCUUUGAACACUAGUGCAGAUGGAGUGAGGCAUCGUAAUCUUCCACAAGCACACAGCAAUCCCAUGCCAAGCCACCAGUUCCCUUAUUUAAUGCAAGGCAACAUAGGCAACCAGUUUCCAGGCCAAGGUGCUCCUGCUGGAUUUUCUAUGUAUCCUGCAUUCAAUCCCUUACAGAUGAUAUGGUGGCAACAGAUGUAUGUACGUCAGUACUACAUGCAAUACCAAGCUGCUGUUUCAGCCCAAGUGACUUCCAGCACUGAGCCAGCAAGAUCUGCAGUUGCCCAGGCUGUAAAUUCAGAACAUGCUCCUGCAAAUGAGCCUGCAGCAGUGCCAAAUGUAGCCGUCCAGGAAAACAGGCCUGUAAACCAAAAUGUUCAGAUGAAUGCACAGGGUGGCCCAGUAGUGAAUGAAGAGGACUUCAACCGGGACUGGCUGGACUGGAUGUACACGUUCUCUAGAGCGGCAAUUCUUCUGAGCAUUGUAUACUUCUAUUCUUCUUUCAGUCGGUUUGUCAUGGUAAUGGGAGCCAUGCUGCUGGUUUAUUUACACCAAGCUGGAUGGUUUCCCUUUAGGCAAGAGGGAGGCCAGCAACAGGCAGCCAAUAAUGCAGAAGUGAACCGUGAUGGGCAACAUGCAAAUAAUCCUGAUCUUGAAGAGAUGGAGCGACUUAUGGAUGAUGGGAUUGAUGAAGACAACGGAGAAGAUGCAGGUGAAGAUGGCAAUACAGAGCAGCAGCCUGGAUUCAUGGCUUCUGCUUGGUCCUUUAUCACAACCUUCUUCACAUCACUGAUCCCUGAAGGGCCUCCACAGGUUGGCAAUUAAAGUGGAAAAGGAACUGUGUCAGGCAGCCUCAGUAGCCAUACGUAGAAGUGGAGCAGAUUCUAGAGAGUGUUCUAAAUACAGUGCAAUUUCUGAAAAUUUAUAAUAUUAUCUUUUUGAUCAUGGUGUACAAAAAUGUGUAUUUUUUUUCUUUUGGCUUUUUCAUGCAUUGAAUAUUUUAAGCACAAGUGGACUACUAAAUGCUUUCUUUAAGAUUCUUCUUUUUCUGAAGAAUAAAAUGUAAAGAUAUUGGUCUUCCAUGUUUUGUUUUAAUUUCAAAUGUGUGUUACUCUGAGGCAAAGAGCUUGUAUGUAAUCUGUACCAUUACCUCUUUAAAGAGCUGUUAAAAGUAUGAAUGUUGACAGACCUUUCCAAAUGCUCUCUAUUUACCUGAAUAAUAAAUCUUGUGUUUGAUGCAGGGUAUGAAUUCUCCCAUGGGAUUUGCAAUUUACAUAAUUCCUGAGAGAAUGCAGUUAACACAAGGAUUACUUGUUAAUGGCAUGUUGUCUUCAUGUAAGAACACAGUAAGCUUCUUCAUUUAAAAAGCUGAGAGCUUUUUCUUGAGACUGUACUGACAUUUAUUAAAGUUGGAGGUAUCUGACAGCUCUUCAAAGACAAUUGGUAGUGAUGGGAUAAACCUUAAAUGUUUGAUACAUACAGUACUUUUUAAGGAGAAUAUAGCUGUGCUGGGGCAAAACAUGUACACUAGGUUUUUUUAAUAAAAACUGUUAUGGUAACUCUUUUGGAUGUUUAUAUGCAUAUUUGAAUGCAAAUGGCUAAAUUGUGCCUCCUUAAGGAUGAAGAUAUGAUUAAUUUGAGAGUGUAAUAAAGUUAUCAUGGUGGCAUUACUGA